UUUCCAAAAUGAAUUCUGAAUCCAAAUACAAAUUGACAUCUGGUGUGGUCUUACACAUUUUAAGUAGUUUUUCAUGAAUUUCUGUUUUAGGUACUGUUGCCUUCCAGGGUGAAGGACAUGGAUGAAGUAGUUGGUUGAUCAUGAACUCCCUGGUCAGGAUGGUUUCAUAUCCUUCAUGUUGGUGGCUGAUCUUCAGGCAGCCAGGGAGAAAAAGAGCUGCUUCUCGCAGGCCAACCAAUCAACAUGGAGGAAGGACCAGGGAGCUGUGAUUGGUAUAGACGAUGAGGACGACAGCACCUUCACAAUAACUGUUGAUCAGAAAACCUUCCAUUUCCAGGCUCGUGAUGCUGAUGAGCGAGAGAAGUGGAUCCAUGCCUUAGAAGAAACAAUUCUUCGACAUACUCUCCAGCUUCAAGUAAGAGUCUUUACAUGGUUUCUGUAUAGUUCAUUAAUUUUGGGGGUAAUUUGUUUUUCUUUUGCCUCUUUUCUAUUUUUUUAAAGGUAACUGAGUUGUUUAUUUUUGCCUUUCAGUGUUAUCAUAGUAAAGUUAUAGUCAUUUAUUUUCUUCUACUUUGUUAGGUAAAAUAUUGAUUUUUGUCUAGAAAGAAGACAGUGUAUGGCAGUGUUGAAAGUGAAAUGCUACGUGAAAGCAUGCCAGAUUCGUCUUUUGUAUUUAGUGUCAAUAGUGAGUUAGUGAUAAAAUAAAAUUAUGAAAUUACAUAUGAUGGUUAAGUGCUGAGAAAUUGACCUCAUUUUCCUGUUGUAGGAUUUAAUUAUUAUAUGUAUGUAUUAUAUACAGCUAUUAUAUAGAAAGGAUAUUGUAUGUUCCAUUAGUAUAGCGAUACUAAGUAGGAUAAAAGUGAAAGAAAACUCAACACAAAAUGGUUCAGGGAGAGCAAAAGCCCAAUUAGUUAGGGUAUGAUUUGAAGAAGGCACUUAAAUAAUGUUAAAAGGACUCAGAUCCCGCAUCUCUGUUUCUAGGUGCUAUUUCUUCUGAGUUGACUUCAUUUUCAAAUAGGUUUUUUCCCUUUGUGGUAGUAAGAUGGUUGCAGCAAUUUCAGGAAUAGCUUCAGUCUGUGUCCAGUCCUAACGAAUCACAAUUUCUUAGUCAUUUAUCUACACUGGACCUGAGAGAUGUUAUUGGCUUCACCAGAAACACAUUGCUUAAUAGGGUAGAAGAUGUAUCUACCUCCCCCCCCAUCCCCAAUAAAGUCAGAAAGGGAUAAAAAGAUGCUGGGCAACAGAAGCAACAGAUGUCUUUUACUCAUAUAGAAGAUACGUGUUUAUGCUUCAUUCUCCAAUGAAAGAGCUUAUAUUUGUGGAUUUUGUUUUAUUUUGGUUUAAAGGAUUGAAUUGUAGAUCAUGGAUGUUUUGUAAUCCCUUUUCUCUACUUUAGGAAUUGACUUGAUUAGAUAAGGUGGUAUAGGAUAUCACAGCUACUGCUAGAUGGUGAGCUCCAAUCACUUAAAGGGGUUCAAGUAGAGACUUAAAAGAACAUCAUUUGAGGAUGUGGCUAUUAAGGGAAUGUAAGUAAUUAAUACAGAGUUGAAAUAGGAGAUGUAUAAGUUACUCUUAAGUUUUUUUUAAAACAGUUUCAUGGUGUCUGUAGGUUUCUUUUAACUUUAGGUAGUUUCAUAUAUAAUAGCAUCAUUUCAGCAAAUUUGUGCUCCAGUUAGAAGAAGAUGGUUAUUUUGAUCAUCUUAUUAGACUGAAUGUGGAGGUGAGAUUUCCCCAUGGUUGGUUAGAUUAACAUUAAGUUUUUCUAUGAUCUGUUUUCAGCCUACUCUUCUACCCUUCUACAUUUCAACAACUGUACAUUUAUGUAAACCUGCCCAAAUGCUGUUGUUUACUUGCUUUCCAAUCUAACAUUUUUUCAAAAAAAUUUCUGGCCUCUACAUUUCUUUAUAAUGUUUUUGCUUUCUGAAAUAUCUUUGGCCUUUUUCUUCAAAACAUAGCUUAGAAAUGACCUCUUCAGUGGAGAGACCCUUUUCCCCCAAAUCCCCACCCUCAAAGUGAUCAGUCUCCUUCCUUUGAAUGCCAUAAUCAUUGUACAAUUCAUUAAGUCAUUGCCAUAUUAUUCUUUUUUAUCUUUUAAAGUACAUAGAACUCCCACAUAUCUAGUAAAGAUAUAAACUCCUUAAGGUCAGAUACCAAAUUU